AUGCUCGACCGUACUUCUCCAGCAAAGCAGAACCUGCCACAGGCUGUGUCAAAGGUGGUGGGCGUGAAGGCAGCACCCUCGGUGGUGACGCUGUCAUUCGUGACGAUGUGGUAUGGCCUGAACGUGGCCUUCAACCUGCUGAACAAGACCAUCUUCAACUACUUCCCCUUCCCCUACACCGUCAGCGCUGUCCACGUGGUGGUCGGCCUCGCCUACUGCUCUCUGACGUACCUUCUUGGCGCCAAGAAGGCUUCCUUCGGCCGGGCGAUCACCAAGGGCGAAUUCAAGCAGAUCUUCGGCCCCGCGGCGAUGCACGCGGUGGGCCACAUUGCGGCCAACCUGUCCUUUGCCGCGGUGGCUAUCUCGCUGACGCACACAGUGAAGACGCUGGAGCCGGCCUUCAAUGUGCUGCUGUCCAAGCUCUUCCUGGGCGUGGGCACCCCCCUCCCCGUCGUCAGCACCCUCAUCCCCAUCAUGAUGGGAGUGGCGCUGGCGUCUGCCUCGGACCUGACCUUCAACUGGACCGGCUUCAUCUCUGCCAUGGUCUCCAACCUCACCUUCGGCUUCCGCGCAGUCUGGUCCAAGAAGGCGAUGUCAAACAUCAAGAACCUGGACAGCACGGCGAUCUACGCGUACACGACGCUGAUCAGCGUGCUCAUCUGCGUGCCGGCCGCACUCAUCUUUGAGGGCCCCAAGCUGCAGGCCGCCUCCGCCAAGGCGCUCGAGGCCCACCCAGACUUCUACUUCUCCCUCUUCCUUGUCGGCCUCCUCUACCACCUCUACAACCAGUUUGCCUUCAACACGCUGUCGCGUGUCAGCCCUGUGUCCCACGGCGUCUGCAAUGUGGUGAAGCGCGUGGUCAUCAUUGGCACAUCUGUGAUCUUCUUCGGCACCACCCUCACCAUGAAGACCAAGCUCGGAACUGGUAUUGCGCUCUUGGGAACCUACCUGUACACUGAGGCCACCAAGAAGUACAAACCCGCUCCCGCCCCAAAGAUUCCCCCACCCGCAACCGCCUAG